AUGCCUUCCAUGAACUCAAGCACAUUGCAGCAUCUUUCGCAGGACUACCAGACCGGCGAAUUCCAAGACUUUGACAAGGGAAACAUUAACCCUGGGAAACUCGUGUCUUUGCUGAGGAAAAUGUUCGAUGAGGGAACGUAUGAGUUCCAUCGUUCGGGCUCCGCGGCCUCUCUCAACGGCCGAGGUCAACUGCUGUAG